CUACUAACCGAAACCGAAAUCAAUAAGAAAGUAGCGAUUAUCGGUUAAAACCGAUAACCGACUAACCGUUUAUCACCCCUAGCCACAAGCUUCUCCGUUGGUCUUCUUCUUCCGCCAAAAGGUUCUCCGAAAGAAAGCAGAGAAUGUUGUCAAAGUUCCAAAUUGCAGUCGAUAAAGCGAGGAUGUUGUUUCUGGGGGCCAGGAAAACGCAGGGCUCGUUGUCUCCUUUCACCCAGUGUAGUUUCAGCAGCAGCGCCAAUAUGGUGGAGCAUCAGUCUUCGUCUUCUAAAGUUCAAGCUCUUUACGAAUUAUGCAAGUCCACUUUCUCUUCCUCCGGCCUUCCCCCACCUUCCUCUGCCGUCGUCCAGAAGAUUUGCUCUCUUUUGGACUCGAUUAGCCCGGCUGAUGUGGGGAUGAAAGAGGAAACUUCAGAUGAUGAUCGAGGACAUGGCAUAUUCGGGCUUCAACGCCUCAGUAGGGUUGCUAAGUGGUCUCAGCCAAUAACAUACACAGACGUUUAUGAAUGCGAUAGUUUUACGAUAUGUAUAUUCUGCUUUCCUACCUCUUCUGUUAUUCCACUUCAUGAUCACCCUGGCAUGACUGUGUUCAGCAAAGUUCUCUAUGGCUCCCUCCAUGUCAAAGCUUAUGACUGGGUUGAGCCAGCUGUUCUCUCGAAAAACAAGGAUGGUUUUCCUUCAGCUUCGACAGAAAGGCUAGCAAAGUUUGCUGUUGACAAAGUUCUGACUGCUCCUUGUGGAACAUCAGUCUUGUACCCGAAUGCUGGGGGGAAUCUGCAUUGCUUUACUGCGUUAACCCCUUGUGCAGUCCUCGAUAUUCUCACACCUACUUACAACGAACAAGCUGGAAGAAAGUGUACAUAUUACCAUGACUACCCAGACUCCACGUUGUCAGCAGCAAGUGGGGCUGAGGUUAAAGAUGGGGGAACAGACGAAUAUGCAUGGCUUUCAGAGAUAGAGACACCAGAGGAUCUCUAUAUGCGCCCUGGACAAUACACUGGCCCUGCUAUUCGCGAGUAGUUAGACAUCUGUAGUGAUGAAUAAAGCCGUUUUCUUCUCUUAAUGUUCAUGGUUUCUAGGAUGGCACGAUUGCUUACCGGGGAACUUACUAUAAAAGGUAACUGAGGUCUUGACUUGUGUUGUUCCGGAUGCAUCUGUCAAGCAGAAGAUUGCUCCUUGUAUGGAAGUGAACCAUGUUGAUUGAAACUGGCUGUUUUAGCUUCCUAUGGUAGUUCAAGGUUGUCAACGGGCUCCGGUUACCCAAUCCUAAUAGUAGUACAUCUCAAUAUGAUGACGGCGUGUCAGCUUGUUUCUGGUGGUACUAUAGAUAGCUGAAAAUGUUACUCAAGUUUCUCACUUAUCUCAGUCAUAUAUUGUUCACAAGCAAACCAGCUUUCUUUUAAUUCACUCAGAGAAAUGGAGGGACGAGAUCCCAGCAAUACAAUAGGGCGUAGCUUUGCCAGUGCCAUGGAUGUUGAACACCAAAUCCAUGUAAAUGCAAACUUUAUUGUUAAUAACCAAGCAUCUGUUCAUCUGUAAUCAAUU